AUGGCCGAUAUCAAUGAAUUCUUUAUUUGCAAAUUGUGUAAAGGCUAUUAUCGAGACCCGUACACUGCGAAAGAGUGUCUGCAUACCUUCUGUCAUGGCUGCAUUCGAGGAUUCUAUCUGCAUACAUCAUCGUGCACUUGUCCGACUUGUGGUGUGAAUCUCGGUGCCAAGCCGUGGACCCAAUUCAUCCCUGAUCCAGCUAUAAAAGAGCUCUCUGAAAAGUACUUGCCAGACUACCGUGAAGCUGAAGAAACGGAAGAGCAAGAGUUUUAUGCAAACUUUGGUAUCAAGCGCAAACAACCUGAUACACACAUGAUUCAGUUUGAGCUGUAUCCACAGCGCGGUUCCGAUGUUCCUCUCUUCCUCCACCUUGGCGAGCUGAAAGCUCCGUGUAUGAACACGCAGUCUUUUUUCAAGAUCAUGUAUCUGCGCAAGUACCUGGCUAAGAAGCUGAACAUUCUGAAGCCUGAGGAGAUCGAGAUUCUAUGCAACGGCGCGGUUGUCGGUCCAGAAUACUCGCUCGAGUUUAUCCGACGAACACGCUGGAAAGCGGACUCCAAGAUGAUUCUCGAGUAUCGACGUCAGAUAGUUGCCUCCUAG